AUGGAUGAAUUAAUAGUAGAUUUUAAUAAUUUAGAUAGUAAUUUAUCAAUUGAUGAUGCUAAAAAAUAUUUACAAAAUUUAAUAUCAAGAGAUAAAGCUAUUGAAAUUAAUUUAAAACAGCAUAUAAAAUUAAAGGAUGAUUUAGAAAUUCAAAUGGAAAGUUUUGAUAAUGAAAUUCCAGAAUAUUUAACAUUAUCAUUAAAGAAAUCAAAUGAAUUAAAUAAUAGAAUUAGUAGUACAUGUCAAUUAGCAGAGAAUUUAUCAUCAAAAGUAAAGAAAUUAGAUAAUAUUAGAGAGAGAAUAAAAGAUACAUUAAAGAAAGUUGAUGAUAUAAUUGAUUUAAAGAAUUGUAUAGAGGGAGUGCAAAUAUCAAUAGAGAAAGAGGAUUAUGAAGGUGCAGCAUUUCAUAUCAAUAGAUAUCUAUCAAUUGAUAAAUCAGUAUUGGAGGAUAAUUCAUCAGAGAAAUUAUCAAUUGCAGAGAAGAAGUUAUUAUCAAUGAUAGAAUCUAAAUAUCAACAAUCACUUCAAGAUAAUGACCAAAAACAAGUUUUAAGAUUUUGUAUACUUUAUGUACCAUUGGAGAAACCAUUGGAAGGUAUUGACAAGUAUUGCAAUUAUCUAAAGAAUCAGUCAAAGAAAUUGGAUGCAAUGAUAACUCAUUAUAGAAACUAUAUUCAAUCACCAAAAACCAUUAAACCGAUUUCAGCAGUUUCAGUGAUUACAAAGAUUUUCGAACAUUUCGCAGCAAUCAUUGAAGAUGAUCUACCAAUUAUAAAAUCAGAAUUUGGUGUAUUACAUUGUCCUCAUUUCAUAUUAAACAUCACUCAACAAUGUGAUUAUUAUUCUUCAAAAGUUUAUGAUUCUUUCAACGAUCAAUUCCAAACUAAUAAAAAUGUAAAUGAUAUUUUAGUAUAUAAACAACAAUUAGAGAAAUCACAACAAUCAAUUCAAGAUAGUGGUAGUGGUAGUGGUGGAGGCGGUGGUAAAGUUUCAGAGAAAAUUGAUCCACGUAAUUUCGCUCAAUUUUUAGAUGAAACUUCAAUGAUUAGUAAAGCUACUAAAUUUUAUGAAAAAUAUUUAAUUAGAAAAGAACAUUUAAUUAAAUCUGAUAUUUAUCAAUAUUAUAGUAAAUUAGAAAAAGAAAAAAUUGAAAAAUUAAAUUCAAUUAAAUCUUUAAUAAUUACAAAUUCAAGAAAUCAACAAUUACAACAACUACCACAACCACAACAAUUACAACAACAACAACAAUAUCAACAACAAUUACAAACUCAAGAAAAUAAAGAAAAUGAACUAUUAAAAAAAUUAACUCAAGAAAAAGACAAACAAAUGAAACAAACUAUUUAUUCAAAUGUAACAAAACAAAAAAUGAAUCAAUUACUUGGUAAUUAUAUAUUAUUGGAAGAAUACUUUAUGGUUGAAAGUGUAAAUAAAGCAAUUCAAAUGGAUUCUUUACAAUCUUUAGAUUUUGAAAAUAAUAUAAAUAGUAGUAAUAGUAAUAGUAGUAGUGUUAGUGGUAGUGGUAUUGGUGGUAGUAAUACAUUAUCUUCAUCAAAUUCACAACAAUCUCAACAAUCAACUGAUAAUACAAUGAUUGAUUUUAUAUUUUUUGUAUUACAAAAAUCAUUACAAAGAGCAAUUGAUUCACAUAGUAUUCAAACAUUAAAUGUAAUUUGUAAUAGACUUUGUAGAAUUUUAUCACAAACUAGAGAUAAUCUAAAGAGAAUAUUUAGAGAGUAUAUAAUAAGAUCCUCUUCAAAAUCUGUAAUGGAUUAUCAAAGUUCAUUACAAGUUUUAAAUAAUUUAGAAACAAGCUCAGAAUAUAUAAUUAGAUUAAAAAAAGAAUUUGAUUCAAAAUGUUUAAAGAUUUAUCCAAUUUAUAAAUUGGAUGAAAAAUCAAAAGAUUUAGAAUCAUCAUCAACAUCAUCAACAUCUAUUGAACAACAACAACAACAACAACAACAACAACAACAACAACAACAACAACAACAACAACAACAACAACAACAACAACAACAACAAGAGCAACAACAAGAAAAUGAAUUUGAAUCAAAUUUAAAAGAUGAUAUUAUUAUUAUAAGGAAUUUAUUAAAUUUAGAAUUAAAAAAGAAACAAGAAAAUGAUAGAGAUCAGGUUAAUAUACUUAGUAAUGAAUUUUUAAAUUGUUCAAAAUCAUUUAAUAAAAUUUUACAAGAAGAGAUUGAAUCAUUAUUUAAGAGUGUACAACCAAGAUUAAAGAAUGUAUUGAAUCAAUUCACUUUAGUAAAUUAUGAAAUUAAUCAAUUGGAAUAUGAUAACAAUGAUAUAAACGAUCCAUUCGUUUUACAAUUUACAUUGGAGAUAUCACAUUUCUUUAAACCAUUUCAAGAGCAUCUCUCAAAUACAAACUAUGAUUACCUAGUACAUCAAACUAUUCAAUUCAUUUUGAAAAAGAUUGAAGGUAUAACUAUUCAACAAAAAAAGUUUACACUUUUAGGUGGUUUACAAUUUGGUAAAGAUCUUAGAGCCAUAUCAACUUAUUUCACUAAAAUCUCUCAAUCUACAAUUCGUGAUAAAUUUAGUAAACUUAAUCAAAUCUCUUCAUUUUUAAUUUUAGAAUCAAUCUCUGAAGUCGAAGAUCAUUGGAAUGAAAAUCGUAAUUCACCAACUUGGAAAUUAUCUUCUUCUGAAGUUCAAAAAAUUUUAAUGACACGUAUAGAUUUUAAUCAUGAUCAAAUUUUAAAAUUAAAAUUUAACUAA